UUUGGUAAAAAAGACUCUAACCAGUUUUAACUUACUUUGCUUGAAAAGUGAAAAGUAUGAGCGAUGGUGCUGUACUUUAUUGGUAUUUAAUCUUAGGAAGUACAGUGGAAAGAAAUAGUGUGUGUCGAAAGAUGAAGAAAAACGAGAAGAAGCGAAAGAUUAACAAAGCGAAGGAGGCAGAGGAUUGGUGCUUCGUAUGCAAAGAUGGUGGACAACUAAUAAUCUGCGACCAUGGGGAUUGUGUAAAGGUUUAUCAUCCUGAUUGUGUUGGAAAAGAUGAAUCGUUUGAGAAAGCUGGAGGAAGCUGGAAGUGUGAUUGGCAUUCUUGCUCAUUAUGCCAUAAAACCCCUAAGUACCAUUGCUUUUGCUGUCCAAAUGCUGUGUGUGAAGCGUGCAUCAAGACUGCUGAGUUUGCUUGUGUUAGAGGGAAGAAUGGACUCUGUGAUGAAUGUUUGGAGCUUAUUCUACUUGGACAAGAAGAUGUGGUUUAUGACUCUGAUGGGGGGAAGAUAGACUUCAAAGACAGAGAAACAUAUGAGGGCCUUUUCAAAGAAUAUUGGGAAAUAAUUAAGGAAAAAGAGGGCUUGACUUUGGAUGAUAUACAUGCUGCAAAUACUCGAUUAAAGAAAAAGAAAAAGAAGAAUCACCAUCGAGGCUCGGUUUCUGUGAAAUUUGGCAAGAUUGAAGAAGAAGAUGUUAUGAUACUGUCUGAAUCUGAUAAGGAAGAUAUACGGGAAUAUAAAGUGCUGCACAAGAGAAAGAGAUCCAAGAAGCAAGAGUUUAUGGGAUGGGCGUCAAAACCUCUCAUCGAGUUCCUGAAAUCCAUUAACAAGAUUAAAGAUACAGCUGAACAGUUAUCACAUAAUGAGGUCUAUUCCACCAUCAAUGCAUACAUUCAAGAAAAAAAUCUUAUUCACCCAGAAAAGAAGAGGAGGAUUCUUUGUGAUGAAAAGUUGUAUUCUGUUUUUAGAAAAAAAUCACUAUCUCAGACGAAGGUCUAUAAACUUUUGGACUCCCAUUUUAUUGAGAACUUGGAGCAAUCAGAGGAGGAUGAGGAUGAAGAUAGAAGAAGUUUGCAACAUAAAGAUAAAGACAAUGUUGAAUCAUAUAAGAAUAUGAUACAGAGAAAGGAUGAGGAUGUAGAUAAAAGAAGUUUUCGAGAUAAAGAUAAAGACAUUGUUGAAGCAUAUAAGAAUAAGAUACAGAGAGCUUUGAGCUUGGACAGAAUACCUCAAGAAAAGCAAGUGGACGAUAAUAUUGCUCAACAAAGCUGUUUUGCCUCCAUAGUUGCCCACAAUAUCAAACUCAUCUAUUUAAGGAAGAGCUUAGUUGAGGAAUUACUGAAGCAGAUUGAAAUUUUUCAAGGCAAAGUUGUAGGAAGUUUUGUUAGGGUCAAAAAUGACACAAAAGAUCAUCUUCAGAGGGGUUCUCACCAGCUUUUGCCUGUAACAGCCAUACAGAAAACCUCAACUGGUGAAGUACUCGUGCAAGUUUCUUUGGUGACAGGUGAUCUUCACCUUUGUAUGCUUUCAGAUGAUGAUUUUACUGAGGAAGAAUGCAUGGAUUUGCAGGAAAAAAUAAAAAGUGGCAUUCUUAAAAAACCUACUGUUGUUGAGCUUGAAAAGAAAGCCACGAGUCUAUAUAAGCAUAUCGUUAAGCAUUGGAUUCAGAGAGAGCUGGUCGUACUACAAAGUCGCAUAGAUUAUGCAAAUGAGAAGGGCCGGAGAAGGGAAUUGUUUGAAUAUAUGGAGCGAAGAGAACUACUCAAGAAACCAGCAGAGCAAGAACGGUUACUGAAACAGGUGCCAAAGGUGAUCGCUGAAACUAUAGCGUUGAAACCUGCUUCUGCAGGAUCAGACACAGAUCAAUGAAGAGAUCGUGAUUCAGAAAAUGAAAAUCCUUUUUUGGUGGUUUCAAGAAUUCGCCCCAAUAAGCAUGGACAAUAAAUUGAUAAAGGGAAUGAAGUUUUAUGCUCUAGCCGCAUUUUGUUUGAACUCUGACCGGUCGGCCAGGUUAGGCAAAAUAAAGCCCUUUUGUUUUUCGGCUUAUUUUUUGAAAUGUAAAUUAUUACUGCAAUAUAAUUUUUGCUCGUUUGGGGCCACAAGUUUCACCAA